UAACUGUGGUUCUUCUUGCAAGAUGGCGGCAAAAACAUCGAAAAUUUUUGUAAACUUUGCACGUUUUUGCACAGCUAGAGUCUUAGCUUUCAAUUGCAGGAGAGCGUGCAGUUCCUACGGUCAGUCAAGCCAGUCAACAGUGGACAGUGAAGAAGUCUUUAAAUUCAGUGAACUUUGCAAUGAGUUUUGGAAUAUCAAUGGUCCUUUUCAAGCUCUUCACACAAUGAAUAGGAUCCGAGUGCCGUUAAUCCGGGAUGCUUUGCUACAAAACAUUGAAGGAUCACGUUUUGUUUCAAAACCAUUAAACGAGAAGAAUAUCUUGGACAUUGGCUGUGGAGGUGGAAUUUUAUGUGAACCUAUCGCUCGUCUUGGUGCAAACGUGGUUGGAAUUGAUGCUUCAGAGGAGGCAAUAUCUGUGGCACAACACCACGCCAAGCAUGAUCCAGAGAUUUGUGGAAGAUUGGAGUACAGAUGCAUGACAGCAGAGGAUUUAGUUGAGCAAACUGGUGGAGGAUUUGAUGCAGUGAUAGCAUCCGAAGUCAUUGAACACGUCAGCGAUCAGGAAUUUUUUGUCGAGACAUGCGCUAAACUUACAAAGCCUGGUGGUACACUGAUGUUUACUACCAUCAACAGAACAAUUCAAUCAUAUUUGCUAGCGAUUCUUGCUGCAGAAUAUGUGCUAAAUGUAGUUGAACGAGGGACCCAUGAUUGGAACAAAUUUGUUCCAGAUGACGAGUUGGCUUCGUUAGUUAUACAUAAUGGUUUUAGAAUCCAUACCAUUCAAGGACUUUGUUAUAAUCCAUUCACAAGAGUGUGGUCAAAAUUUGAUGAUACCAGUGUCAAUUAUGCCUUGGUUGCACAAAAACUUGAUGAGAAUUCCUAGCAAUUGUGUGAUGAGUAACUGACAAAUUAGGGACCGUAGAGCUGGUUGGGGGAAGGCAGAACCUGCCCUCUUUCUCCAUGGUCCAUGACACUCCAAGCAAUCAAUAAAUAAAAUGACAUAAUUAUGGUUUAUAACCAUGCAGUAAUAUAUCUAUGUACUUUUAUGGUACCGGUACUUUCAAUACCAAUGCA